CAUUGCACAUAAAACCCAGCCCAACAACCUAACCUAACCGUUUCUCUCUAUUCAUGACCCUUCUCAUCGUUUUGUUUUGCCGAUCUUGUCUUACGGCUGAGCAAUAGAGAAGAACAUCGGAGUUCGUCUACCGUUUGGCCGGUGGUUUCUUAAUCCACCACUACUACGGCGCUACCUUUGUUUAUUAAAGGGAUCUCUUUAGGAAAAGAAUGGAUGCUAUUGCUGAACUUCCACCACUUGGGUAUGAUGUUCUGAAUGAUAUCCUUCCUCCUAGGAUAGCUGCAAUUCCAGAGAAUCAAAUCCCAAGUGCUGAGAAUGUCGUUCAAUCUAUGAAUCACUUAACGUCCCUGUUACAGCUAUACAGAAUGAAACAGAACAUCGUAUCUAAUGUUGAAUUGGCAAACUCCAUUGCACACAACCAUUCUGUUGUAACAAAGUAUUCACAACCCCAAACCCCAAACAUGCAAACCUUCAUAGCAGAGUUCAGGAGAAUGUCAGAAAGACAUGAAGGGAUGCUUAUCCAGAUCAUGAAUGGGCAAACUGAAUUCAAGCAGCAAAUGCAUGAUGCGGUGAAUGAUAAAAUGAACCAGUUGAAGGAAGCCUUGGUGGGUCAAUUCAGCGAACAGUUAGUCAACAUUCGUGAAGAGAUUCAGGUUCUGGCAGCAGAAAUUAAUGCUGAAAUUAACGCCGGGCGUGCAAGAGCAUUCAAUAGCACUCGGAUUGACCACCUAAAGCCCGUGUGCAAGAUCAAAAGAGGACAUCCUUCUGUACUCCCUCCCCCCAACCAUCCAUUUGCACUACAGUCAUAUCCAGUAGGUUCGCUUCCUCCGAAUAACUUGAUCCCUAUUAAUGCUAAUGAUAUUGCUCACCUUACCCAUGAGCAGAUGGAUUUUGUAUUCUGGUUCUAUAAUGAACCAGAACUUGCGAGAGGUGCCAAUAAUCUGGUUCAACGUCAUGAUUUGUUGCAGAGUUAUCUGAGGGCAUAAGGAUUGGUGUUCUGCUGCAAUCUAUGGAUGGGAUGGGACUCAACUGCUGCCUCUGUUUUCUGUUUGAUAUUUCUUCUCCAAGUCGUUUUCCCUUUAUUGAAUAGUAAUUGGAUGAGUAGUCAAGACUGAAUAGUAUUUGGUAUUGGAUGAACAGCCAUAUUAUGAAUAUUUGUUAGUUUAAUGAAGAUACAUGGUCAAGAUAGGUACAGAUUAGUAUUACUCUGCUAGUUUUACAAAUGAUAUCAUUUAGUGUUUAUGUGCACUAGUCAAAAUUGGACACCGAAGAGCAUACGGUGUCCAAUCAAGUAUUCAAACUCAAGCUAGAUACUGUGAGUUUGGUAAAUAGUAUGGUGAGUUUGGUAAAUAGUAUGGCCCGUAUUUUGGUAAAUGUGCCUAGUUGUGGAUAAAUGUGUCCAUUUGGAUUCAGUUUGAAUACUUCAAAUGUACACCAUAUGGUAUUCUGAUCAAAAAAAUUAAACAAGGUCAAUUGGUUCUUUGUAAUUCAUUUUAACAUCAUCUUCAUUUAAUUUCCAAUUUUCAUAGGAUUAAAUGAUUUGUGAUGAACAAACUGACAUUACGGUAGGAAAACUUUAAAUUUUCCAUUUACAAAUGCAAAAAUACUUUUUUAUGCAUCCAGUUACUUGAUACGAUAAUAAUUUGUGAUGUUAUUAACAUCCCUA